AACACGAUAAUGAAACCUCUUCAUUUGAAUCAGAAUCUAGUGAGGAGAAUGAGGAUGCUACGGAUGAAGAAACUGAAAGGCAUCAAACUACAAUUGAUGGAUUAAUCAACAAACUAAAACGGGUUCAAGAAAAGCAAUCAAUGCUUUCCCGACCUCAUAGAAAUAUUGGCCAUUCACUUGUCAACAAGUUACCUGCUAAGACAGUUAGUGAAGUAAAAUCUUUUAUUAAAUCGGUUGGAAAACAAUAUGGUGAGGCGUUGGUAAUUCGGAAGUAUAUUCGAAAAAAGAAGGAUGAACAAAUUACUGUGCAAUAUGAAAAGCACGAUUUUGUCUUUCUUCCAUCUCACUAUUCAAAUAGUCGCCUUUCUGUCUUUUAUAACUUAAUUAAUCUGAAUAACACUAUAAAUCAUUGGACCUUUCGAAGAAUAUGGAAAGAUGAUAAUGAGCUUGGCAAAAUUAUCAUCAGAAAACUAUCCAAAGACGUGUGUGAUGAGUGCUCCCUUUUUAAAUGUGCAUUAAAAGAACGAAGUAAUGUGAAUAAAGAUCUUAAUGAGCAGUUUAUCACGCAUAUACAAAAUUAUCGUGCUAUGAGAGAGGCCUAUGAAAAUGAUAUUCAGGUAGCAAGAAGGAGUAAUCAGUCUUCGCUUUGUAUUUUUUCUUUUGACUUCACCCGAAAUGUAGAGCUGCUUUAUGAUCCACAACAACCAGGAAGGUGGUACUAUUCAUCGUUGUUGAAGGUACACCAAUUUGAACUAGUGGAUGAAGAUAUUGACCGUCAUUGGCAUACUCUUUACACCGAAGGAAAGGCAUUAAAAGGGGCAAAUGAACUUCCGUUAAAAGGCCUUCCUGAAGAAAAACAAGUAGACCUUUGGAAUAAUAUUCACCCAUAUUGUCCAAUUGCUUUCCAUGACAAAUUUUGUUUAAAGCCGGAUGAUGACAUAGUAAAGAGGAUUAGUAAUCUAAAAAGGACUCGUGAAAAAGAGGCUCAACAAAAGCGAAAG